AUGCUAAAGCGGCGGUUGUUUGAAGAGUGGAAGAGAGGAGUAGGCAUUGGUGACCAAGCAGUUAGCCCGGAGCUGAUGGGAAAUGACCGGGCCUUCUGGGACACCAUUGUCUACGGCGCGGGUGAAGAGUCGGAUGCGACCGGGAAAGGGCGGGCAAGGAGGAUUGGAUGCUGCAGGGCCAGCGGGUUUUCGGGACGAGGCGCCCACAUCAUCGCCAGAUGUCCCCACUGCGCCUGGGGACGUCGCAAAUGUCGGCGCCGCGCCGGCCCCGCCUACCACGAAGCCGGGGGCUCCUGCGGAGGCAGCGGAGAGAAAUGCGGAUCACGUGGCGGCGCUGGACAGCCAGUGAAUCUAGAGCCCAUUAAAGACAUGACCCCCGACUGGGAGUGGUCGCCCGCAUUGUAUCGGGUGAAACACGGGAAACUGGUGUCGAGUCUUGAGCCUUGCUGUAAGGAGAAGGGGCCUUUGGUUUCCCUCCUCCUGCCUGAGCGCGUAUGUCCUAUCUGCGUCAUCCAGCACCUGGCAGGGGAUAGGGAGAAUAUCAAAUUGAUCGAGGGACAGAAGCCUUACUUGGACGCGGGGGCGUUGAGUUCGCUAAUACUAACAGCCCAUAACCAGGAGAUGCACGCGUUGAAUGGCAACAUAAACUUCUCCGUAAUACACGACACCGCGAGGGCGGAUGUAAUGGCGGCGGCCUUAACGCGGCCAACAAGGGGGGUGCGUCACAGGCACGCAAUACAGGUAGAAACAGAGCGUAGGCUGCGUGUAGCACAGGAGGAAGUGCCUAUGCUCGUUUAUACUAGUAAUGUGGCCAAUGGGGUGGGACUGGUCAGUGCCCCACCCACCCGACACCAGCUAUUCUGGUUUUACGGCAGCUUAGCGCAACCAGAAAGCGCAGGGGAGGCUUCCAACCAGGCAUCCGGGUGCGGGGAGCCAAGCAUAAGGUCGCCAGCACCCAGUAUCCUGAAAACUACGGGCACUACGGUGCCGCCGCCACCGUCGGCCAGCAGCGUAUGGGGUGACACGUAUGUCACGGGCAUGGCGGGGAAUCGCACGCGCCGCAACGCGCGCCAACCGUUGGCGUGA